AAACGCCUGUAAUAAUUAAAAAAUAAGAUGACGACAGAAAAGCGAGUGAACGAUGCUGUUCAUUGGUUUAUGGCAGAACUAACUUCACGAGUUGUCGCCGAAACUGGUAUACCGAGCGAUAGAUUCCAUCUCGGUAAAAUUAUCCUACGUAGUCUCAAGGAUUAUCCUGACGCUGUGAUGCAGAUUGAUGGAUCGACUGGUGAAUCUGAUACCAACGCCAAUAUAUUAGGGAAAUCAGUUAAAUGCGCUAAAUGCUUUCGUAAUUUUGGACUGGAACCGGGAGAUGUCAUAGUGCUAAUGGCUCCGAACCACGGAAGUCUAUGUGUACCGUUCUAUGCAGCUCUGUACACGGGAGUUAUUAUCGCGGCUGUUGAUAUGACGUUAGGAGUCAAGGAACUACAAGGCACUUUCAGUGUUAAUCAACCAAAACUAAUAUUUUGUCAAAGCGAAAAGGCUCCAGACAUACAAGUGGCUCUCAACGAAAUUGACCUAAACGCUACUAUUGUUACUUUCGACAAAGGAGAUUAUCUUUGCAGCCUGAAGGAAUUCGUAGAUAGAUAUGCAGAUGACGCACCUAUUGAAGAAUUUAAAGCGACGGAUUUCGAUGCGGAAAAUGCAGCUGCUUUCCUGAUAUCCACCAGCGGUACAACUGGCUUGCCCAAAGCUGCUGAAGUUUUGCAUAAAAAUUUCAUUAUAUCUGUAUCGACGAUAUGGUCUCGCUUCGAUAAAUUUCCACGUCCAACGGAAAUGGCUCUGGUCGGAUCUCCUCUACAAUGGCUGACGGCAAUUAUACACUUUCUAGGAUCUCCGAUAUUCAACUAUACGAGGUUGCAAUCGUCGAUGCCUCUUACGCAAGAACACGCACACUAUCUUAUUAAUACUUACAAGCCAACAUAUACUAUAAUGAGUCCAACGUUGAUUACGACGUUAAUAAAAGAAGUGAAUGGAAAAUGUGACUUUUCCUGCUUCGAGACAAUAUUUUUGGGAGGCAGUGCAGUUCCUUUAGCACUCAUAGAUGAUAUUAAGAAAAUUUCGCCCAACACUGAGGUACUGAACAUUUUUGGCAUGAGCGAAAUAGCAGGCGCAGCGUUUCAUGGGGAUCCAGCAUACCCAGCCGCCUGCGGGAAACCUAUGACGUGCUUCCAAUACCGUCUAAUUGAUAUUACUACGCAAGACGAUAUCUACGAGCCCAAUGUCCCAGGAGAACUCUGGAUUAAAGGACCAAGCAUUUUUAAGGGUUAUUACCACAACAGUGCAGCAACAGAAGAGGCGUUCGCUGAAGGUGGAUGGCUUAGAACAGGCGAUUUGUUCUAUAGAGAUGAAAACUGGAACUUCUAUUUCUUAGAACGGAUAAAAUUGCUUUUAAAAUAUAAGAGCUAUCAGAUAUCACCAGUAGAAGUUGAGAACGUAAUUAGACAACACCCAGGGAUCCUGGACGUCGCCGUGACCGGCAUCCCGGACCCUGAAUGUGGGGAUUUACCCGUUGCUUGUAUCGUUCCAAGAGAAGGCUUCGACGUUACAGCAGAAGAGAUUAAGGAAUUAGUCAAAGAUUCCCUCUCCGAUUCUAAGCAGCUUCGAGGUGGAGUUAUCUUCAUGAGCAGCAUCCCAAUGACAGCCUCGACUAAGGUCCAUCGAAGAAAAUUAAAAGAAAUAGUUCAAAAUUUAGAAAGACAUUAA